AUGCGGCGUCCACUAGAGUGUAAGUAUCCACCGUGGAACGCACGCGUCGCACCGGAAGUGACGCGGCGCUUCCACGAAUGUAAUAAGUCCGUGCGUGCCAACGUGGAACGCACAGUAAUCGCGUCUAUUCGGUUCUUCACAAAAGUUCAGUCCAACUUGGAAGCACAAACAGUCCCCUUAUCUUGGUGUAGUAUGAGGUCCAAAAGGUCCUUUGUUCCCAUCUCCAAAGCCAUCAGGCACCAAGCGCUGAAUAAAGCCACUCAGUUCAUGAUUUUCAGUGUGUAUGUUCAGUCAUAUUGGAGAAGGGCAGAAGUAUGGGCAAAAUAG